AUGGCCAGAGAAGAUCACACUACCGAGCAGUGUAUGACACCCCCAUACAACCGUACCUCUGAGCAACUCGAUGAACAUUCUAUUGAAGAGACUGUUACUUUUUCCUGGAGACCAGCGGAAGAAGUGCUACCCAUGGAACUGAGUUCUCAUGAUGAGGCGCCUGUCCAGCAAUCAGGUGAAGCAGGCAUUCUCGUCUACUCAAGGCGUCCAAGAAAGAAGCAUACCGAGACAGUUGUAGAAUUGGGGCCUACGGAGGAUUUCAUCCACCGGAUCUCCAGGCCCUUGCCAACUCUCUCCACCCCAGCUAUUCCGAAGCAUCGUUGCCAACCCACUGUUUCAACUCUCCCUCCAAGGCGAAGUAGGCGGAUAGCCAAGCUGCCGCCAGAAACCAACCCACAAGCAGCCGGGACAGUACGUCGACAACUAGGCUUUGCGGAGAACCAUAGCUGUCACUCAGAAGCCUCCAAAGAAAAAUGCGCUCGCUUCUUCGACAAACCUCUCUCAAAGAGCCAUGUGACUGCCCUUGCUAAGCUCCUGGGCAAAGAGCGGCAUUCGGUGUCAGUCAAAUUUAAGUCCGGCGAUGAGCAUGUUUGGUGGUUCACCAGGGUUUAUGGACCACAUCAAGAUGCUGAGAAGAUUGCUUUCCUAGAUGAAAUCAGGGAAGUGCGGGCUAACUGUGGAGGGCCAUGGAUGAUGGCUGGUGAUUUUAACAUGAUUUACUCGGCCGAGGAUAAAAACAAUGAAAACUUAAACAGAACGAUGAUGGGUCGAUUUCGCCGGCUAGUGAUUGAUCUAGAGCUGAAGGAAAUUCCACUGAUGGGAAGACGCUAUACCUGGUCCAACGAAAGAGAUGCCCCUACCCUGGUUAAAUUGGACCGUGUCCUUUGCACGGCAGACUGGGAAGCAUUGUAUCCAGAGUGCAUUUUGCAGAGUCAAGCUACCGAGAUAUCUGAUCAUUGCCCUCUCUAA